AUGGGAAACGCAGGCAAAAAGCGCCGCCGCGUUGCCGACGAUGUCAAGCCCAUCAAAGGCAAGAAGCCUCGUCUUGCCAAACCCCCCGCUGCUGCCAAAUCCAACAAGAAGCUUAACACUCAACGAAGCGAUUCGAAGGAGUCCUUAGAACCAAAUGAGGACAAAUGCACUUGCAUUGUCGCUGAGUUAGCCAACGCUGGCCACAACACCACCACAACCACCACAGAUCUCUCCCAGUAUGCCUUCCAGCAGACGAAUGAUGGGGCCAACAGAACACGCACAGUCAACUCAACCGAGAAACCGAGGCAGGAGGAGGAGGAGGACGACGACGACGAAGUUACUGGAAAAGGCAUCACCUUGUCGCAGAUGUGGGAAAUGACCUCAGCCAUGCCAGCAAACCCUGUCGGAGUGUGA